AUGUUCACCCAACCAUUCUCUUCUCCAGCGACAUCCUCACCCACCCCCGUGGUCUCAUCCCAUGCCUCAGUAUCUUCCAGGAGUAGCCGCCUCCGGGGGCUCAGCUACCUAAGAAAUUACACACAGAGUCACCUUCUAUCACGCGAUCAAAAUUCUUCAUCUUCUUCAUCAUCUUCAGCGACAUCUCCACGAUCUUCUCGCCCACUCUCGCUCUCAGCUCUUUCUCGCUCUUCUGGCUUCUCCCACUCCCACUCGCUCCACAGCCCAACCUCUGCUUCCACAUCUACCAGCACUACUAGUCCUACCACCACCACCCCUGCUGCAGCCCCGACUGCCGUAGCGAAUUUUGACGACCAGCCCACCGAACCAGCGCAUUCUAGCAAUCGAUUUUCCGCAAUCGAACCUCUUCGAGAACCAUCUCCCACUUCGACUUCUCCUACGUCUUCUUCGACUUCUGCAAUUAAUAUCGCGGGCUCAAAUACUGGCUCCUCCUCGAUUUCUCCGAUCGCCCCUGUUCCUGUCGAAUCGACUCUCCCAGACGCACCACCACCUGCGGCGGAUGCCACCAAUCCUAGCGCCCCUCAAACUACCGACUCGACUUCUCCCGAAACUGACACCACUCAUCCCCUUGACGAAGACACCAUGCCUCGUUCUCGUGAUAACGGGGCGGCGGCCGCCUCCGAAAAUCUCCCCUCCAUACGUUUUUCGUCUUAUUACGACGCGAGGGCUCCGCGACCCUCUCUGAGUUUCCUGCCCGUCUCGAGAACGCUUCCUACCGGUUCCGAAGUGAUCAAGGUCGGCAGGUAUUCCGAACGCGAUGCACAGCCUCAAGUUCCGCCAAAUACGCCCUCUGCUGCGCCCGUGGGCUUUAAGAGCAAGGUUGUGAGUAGGCGACAUUGCGAGUUCUGGUUUGAGAACGGAAAGUGGUACAUCAAGGAUGUCAAGAGUUCGUCUGGCACCUUUUUGAAUCACAUUCGCCUGAGCCCUCCCGGCACUGAGUCGAAGCCAUACAUCGUCAACGAUGGAGAUAUUAUCCAGCUCGGAAUUGACUUCAAAGGAGGGGAGGAGAUGAUUUUCCGAUGCGUGAAGAUGCGACUGGAACUCAAUAGAGGCUGGCAGAGCAAACUCAAUAAUUUCAACAUGUCUACGCACAAACGUCUCCGAAACCUCGCUUCCAAUGGCUCUGGCAGCAACUCGUCCCAGGACUGUUCCAUUUGCCUAAACUCCGUUGCGCCCUGCCAAAGUUUAUUUGUCGCACCAUGCUCUCACACAUGGCAUUUCAAAUGCAUCAAGUCGUUGCUAACAUCGCCGCAAUACCCAAUCUUCGUGUGUCCCAACUGCCGCGCCUCGGCCGAUCUAGAGGCAGAAGUAGAGGAUCCAUGUGAGGAGUGGCAACAGCUUACGGGCGAAGAGUCAGCAAACGACGAGUCGAACAAUGAGCCAGCUAGCACCGCUGCAGACACGACGUCUGUGGAUUCUCAUCUUCAAGUACCGGAGACAAGUGUUGCAGACGUCGGCGAUGUGACGAUGCCAGUCGAUAUCGCCACCCCCCCUCGGUCGGACCAGGCUCUCCCUGCCAAUAGGUCGCAGAACAGCUCCGAUCCGGUUCCCAUCCCCCCGUUACUCCGGAACCAGGCUCGCCCUUUGCCUGCCGGUCUAGAUGUCCUAACGAACGGUCACGAAGGUCCCAUUACGCCUAGGAACAAUGCCGGUCCUUGGGUCUUCGACGGUAGCGCGGGUAUUGCUGGACUCGCACCCGGACUGGCAGGGGCUGAUGUCGCCCUUGGCGAGAUGCGGAGUCUUGACUCGGCCGCAAUGGAAUCGGUGGGACAUUCAUAG